AUGGCUGCAAGGACCAUUUUCAUUAUUGUUGCCGUGCUUGCCCUAGGCCAAUUUGUUUCAGCAAUUUUUUUCGGAAAAAUCCAUAUUGACGUAGAGAACACACUAGUAUCAAACACUGUUAUUGAACUUCACUGCAAAUCCAAGAGUGACGACUUGGGCAACCAUGUAAUUCCACACGGCGGCGCGUACAACUUUACGUUCCACGACGAUUUCUGGGACAGAACCCUCUUCUUUUGCUACAUGCAGUGGCGAAGGUCUGAUGGGAAAUGGGUAAAGGCCGCUUUUAACAUAUACAAGCCGAAGAGGGAUCAAAAACGUUGCAUGCAUCGUUGCAAGUGGCAAAUAAAUGACUACGGCAUCUUUUCCUUCACCCUUGAUACCAAGGUGUGGGAAAAUUUCUACAAGAACUUCACUAUUGAGGAUAGGGCGAGUACACCAAAUAAUGCUCCGCCCAGUGUUUACUCUUCACUCGGUUUUAUCACUCUCGUUCAGCGGCCGCAGGGACCUUCGAACCCAAGCCAGCAGGUUUCAGCUCCAGCUUCUUCCUCUUUUCCAUCAUCUGGGAGUUCAGUUGGAGCAGGAAACUCUACGUCUGGAAAUUCGCAGAUUCCUUGGCCACAGAUGAAGCCAUCUGAUGUUCAGAAAUAUACAAAAGUGUUUAUGGAAGUAGACACUGACAGAGAUGGGAGAAUCACUGGUGAGCAGGCGCGGAAUCUGUUUCUGAGUUGGAGGUUACCAAGAGAGGUUUUAAAGCAGGUGUGGGACUUAUCUGAUCAAGAUAAUGACAGCAUGCUUUCCUUGAGGGACUUCUGUUUUUCUCUCUGUUUGAUGGAACAUUACAGGGAAGGUCGUCCUCUUCCAGACACACUUCCACAUAAUGUGAUGCAUGAUGAGACUCUACUCUCAAUGACUGGUCAACCCAAAGAGGCUUAUGGAAAUGCUGCUUGGAGUCCCAACCCUGGUUUUGGACAACAUCAAGGGAUGCAAGGUGGACAACAUCAAGGGAUGCAGGGUGUGGCACCUGCUGCAGGUUUGAGGCCACCAAUGCAACAAAGUCUUCCCCAGGCUGAUGGUGCAUUGCAACCGAAUCAGCAGAAUUUGAGAGUGCGAGGGAUGGAGGGUUUGAAUACAACCCAACAUGAUAAUGGGAAGCAGGAUUCAGCUAACUCAAAACCUGAAGAAGAUGCAGGGAAAAAGGUUGAAGAAACUGAGAACGCGAUUUUGGACUCAAGAGAGAAGAUGGAGUUCUAUCACACAAAAAUGCAGGAACUUGCUGAGUUACUGGCAAAAAAAUAUGAGGAGAAGUACAAACAAGUGGCAGAAAUAGCAUCUAAGUUAACUAUUGAAGAGGCCUCGUUUCGCGAAGUUCAGGAGAGGAAAAUGGAAUUGCAUCAAGCAAUUGUUAAAAUGGAGCAAGGAGGUAGUGCAGAUGGUAUUCUUCAGGUUCGUGCUGAUUGUAUACAAUAUGAUCUUGAGGAGCUAGUAAAGGCUCUUACAGAACGUUGCAAGAAACAUGGAUUAAACAUGAAAUCAAGUGCAAUAAUUGAGCUUCCAACCGGAAACCAGAAAUUGGCAGCCAUUGCAAUAGGAGUCAACCAGUGGAUAACAUAACAUGGCGUAGCAGUGAAUGUGAACACAGACGCCCUUUUCGUUGGAUCGUACCUUGUGGGUACAAGGCUAUCAGUUUGGAAGCGUUGAAGGCUUGCUUGAGGAAUUUCAGACAUCUGCAGAGUGUGGAAGAGUAUAUCUACCUGAUCCCGAUGAUGGGGAGCUACUUGAUGCUGCAUGUAGAUCUUUGAUCAAUGAGUUUUCCGAAGUUUCUCAGGCUGGAUUCAUUAUGAAACCAUGUCAAGGUUGGAUUUACAAGCCGUCUGAAUCUGAGGGGCUACAUUUCUAAAUCCUUUGUGGGUCUGAAAUAGACAUGGCUGUCGACGCUCUCAGAAUGAAUACUCCUACUUAGAUUGAAAUUGUUAGAGCUCUCAACUUGUAACUUGUUAUGUACGUUAUAAGAUCUACAUGAGAAGAUUAAGUUAGGUUCGGAUCCUUGCUUCCCACCACCAUGGAAUUUGCAUAACUUCUUUGCAAGAUCAACUUGUAAUUUGUAUAUUUGAUAGAUUUUGAUUAAAUUGACUGAUUUUUGUGCA